AUGACUGCGACGAAGCAAACACUAGAGCACCUCAACCAGCGACAAGAAAGCAAUGAAAACUCUUGCAUUCUUGAAUGGCUGUCUGCCGUUGAUUACACUUUGCAGCAAAGAGAUCUCCUAGAUCGACGGCAAGAAGGAACUGGACAAUGGCUUCUCGCUUCGGAAGAAUAUAAACAUUGGCUUGACACACGCGGGGCGACCUUGUUCUGUCCAGGUAUUCCGGGCGCGGGAAAGACCAUAUGUUCUGCUAUUCUUGUGGAAGAUUUGACUACGCGCUUUGGGGAUAAUCCGAAUGUUGGUAUAGCCUACAUUUAUUGCAACUUCAACCGACGAGAUGAACAACAAGCCCAAGACUUGCUUUCAAGUCUGUUGAAACAGUUGAGCCAGCAGAGAACAACCAUCCCAGAUGUCGUAAAAGACAUCUACAAGCGCUAUAAAACCGAAUCGAAGCAUCCGAAAUUCGAGAAAAUAUCGAACGCCCUCCAAUCAGUCGUUUCCAUGUAUUCCAAAGUCUUCAUUGUCAUUGAUGCCCUCGAUGAGUGCGAGUCCACUUGUCGUACCAGAGUGUUGGGCGAGAUCAUGAAAGUUCAUGCCGGUGCCAGAGCAAAUGUCUUCGCCACAUCAAGGCCCACAGAGAUACAUGAUUUGUUUAAAGCUGGCGAGACAUUGGAGAUACGGGCUCACGAGGACGAUGUUCGACGAUAUCUUGAUGGCAAUAUGUUCCGACUACCGGGAUUUGUGAACCGAAGUCCUACAUUACAAGAGGAGAUUAUGGCUGUAAUCUCACACCACGUUCAGGGAAUGUUUCUUCUUGCGCAGCUUUAUUUUGAGUCAUUGAUCGGUAGAAGGUCAGCUAAAUCUACCCGAACCGCUCUGGAAAGGCUUUCAAGUGGAUCGGAUGACUAUACAUAUGACAAGGCUUACGAUGAUGCGAUGAGUCGCAUUCAAGGACAACUAGGAGAGCAGACUGACUUGGCCAUGCAAACACUGUCCUGGCUAGCGUGUGCAACAAGGCCACUCACUUCAUUAGAGCUCCAGCAUGCGCUUGCAAUAGAGGAAGGGGAAUCUAGCAUUGAUGAGGAGAACAUACCCGAAGUUGAAGAUAUCCUCGCUGUGUGCGCCGGUCUUGUUACCGUCGAAAAUGAAAGCGGAAUAAUACGUUUGGUUCAUUAUACGACACAAGAAUACCUCGACCGGAAGAAAGAUUUCCUUUUUCCCACCGCGGAAAAUGACUUGGCCAGGCUGUGUCUCGUUUACCUUUCAUUUGACAUUUUUGGAUCCGGUAUCUGUGAAAGUGAUGAAGCCUUCGAGGAGCGUUUGGAAACACAUCCAUUCUACUCUUAUGCGGCACUGCAUUUUGACAGACAUGCGAGGGCAAUCAAAGAUCUGCACUCUGGUGUGCUGGAGUUUUUGAAAGACCAGCCAAAACUUGAAGCUUCGCAACAAGCGCUCAGGGCUACUAAGGACCCGAUGCGAAAAGGUUGGAGCCAAAAGUACCCUCUCUCAGGAACAUUAAAUGGUUUGCAUGUCGCGGCAUGCAUCGGGAUUCAAGAAGCAGUAGUUUAUUUGAUUGAACAUGGGUACCCCGUCGACAUCUGUCGUAACGGUGGAUGGACAGCUUUGACAUUUGCUAUUUGCCACGGUCAUUCGAAUAUCGUCCAGCUCCUCCUUUCCCGUGGAGCAGACCCAAACAAAUCCGGAGAGAGCAGUACUAUUCCGCUUUCAUUGGCUGCCCAGCAUGGCCAAGAAGUCAUCGUCGAACUUCUUCUUCAGUGGGGUGCCGACGUUGAUGGCCUAUGUGAAUGGUACGGAAGUGCCCUCGUCGCAGCGUGUGACAGGGGCAUGCUGAAAACUGCGGAGAUUCUCGUCAACAAUAAGGCAAAUAUAAAUGUCGAGGGCGAGCUGUACGGCACUCCUUUGGAAGCCGCCGCUUCGGCGGGUCACUGGAAAAUAGUAACUUUCCUGCUUGAAAAGGGCGCUGAGCCCAACUCUCUAGGGAGCAGCGGGAGUGACACCGCUCUGCAAUCAGCAGCACUCCAGGGCCAGGAAGAUAUUGUGCAAACCUUGCUCAGCCACCAUGCUGAUGUCAACCAUCAAGCAGGAUCACAUGGAAACGCACUGAUCGCAGCUUCGAUGAGCGGGAAUCAGAAUAUAGUGCAAAUGCUCCUCGACAGCGGCGCCAACAUAAAUGCGGAACAUGACCGUGGAACAGCUCUGAUAGCUGCUGUUACAAAAGGGAAAUGUCACAUAGUAAAAAUGUUACUUGGCAACGGCGCCGACAUUCAUGGUCGCGGUAGACUACAUGGCACUGCCUUGCAUGCAGCUGCCGCGAUCGGAGAUAGUCAAAUCGUCCAAAUGCUUCUUGAUCGAGGUGCUGACAGCACCAUUCGUGCUGGCUUUUACAGAACGCCUUUUCGAGCAGCCAUGAUGGGAGGUCAUCGGGAAGUUGCCUCAAUCCUCAGAACCCAUGGGCAGCACUCAAACGUCUGA